UUCUGUGUUAGAUUUGUUUAUUAUUUAGAAGAUGGAAAUGUAUAAAUAUAGUAAACAAUAAUGUGGAGCUGGCCUUAUUUAAAACGUUAUGGACACGAUUUCUACUAUAGAAAAUUCCAAUGUACUUAUUGAUUUUUCCUCUUCGCGACUGACCAUACAAGAAGAUGAUGUUGAUAUGCUUAAUAUCACAGAAAAUGUAAAUGCAAAUGGAAUUGAACAACUGUCUAGAGAGGAACAAGAAUCUGUUAAAAAAUUCAACGAUUUCAGAGCAGGGCAGGAAUAUGUGUUGUUGCUGGCCAGCACUUAUAUUAAUGAAGCUGCCAAGGGGAGAAAUGGAUACUUCAUACCGGAACCUAAGCCACUAAGGAUGUAUUACUGGUACAAUCAUAAAGGCGUUCGUUUAGCUUUAUUUCUCGUCAUAUGGAUUAAUUUAUCAUUGGCUUUCUUUGAGGAGCCUGCUGUUGAUGGAGUUGCACUACCAUAUUGGAUAACAAUGAUGAUUGAAUUGGUGUGUGUAUUUGGUUAUUUUCUAAGACUGAUACAUGGCUGGAAGUUCAUGCCAUUAAAAAGACAUUGGAAAGACAGGAAGAAUAUAAUUGUGUUAGCUUGUAUUAUAUUGACUUUAUUUGAUAUGGGAAUUUGUGUAGUGCUGAAGCAAGUGGGUAUUGAGAAGUAUGCGAUUCGCUGGACUAGAGUGUUACGACCCGCAUUUAUGGUGAACUUCAGUGAAACAAGACAGGUUCGUCGUACAAUUAGAAACAUUCGGCGAAUUAUACCUGAGAUAUCCAGUGUGCUCGUGUUGUUCCUUCUUGUGAUUGGUUUAUAUUCUCUUCUUGGUUUGACGUUGUUUGAAAAUAGAAAUCUGCAAGACAUAUUUGGUAAACCGUAUUUUACAAAUUAUUGGGAUAUAUACUUUAAUUUGUAUGUGUUGACGACAACGGCUAAUAAUCCUGAUAUUAUGAUUCCAGCUUAUAAUCGGAACAAUUGGUUUUCUCUGUUUUUUAUCGUCUUCACAAUCAUUUGCAUGUAUAUCUUUGUCAGUAUUUUCUUAGCUGUUGUUUAUAAGAACUACCGAACACAUUUAAAGAAUGAAGUAAAGACGUCUGUGUAUAGAAAGAGAAGAAACAUGAAGUUAGCUUUCGACUGCUUGAAAACAAAACAAGAUGGUAGAUGGGUUGUGAGUUUUCAGAAGUGGAAACAACUUAUCCAUUUUAUGAAACCGAAAAUGAAUCCGAUUCAGGUGGUAUUGUUCUGGAGAGUUCUUGAUGAAAAGGAAGAACAAGCUAUCAAUUUUAAAAGUUUCGUUCAUUUAUGUGAUUUACUACACGUGAAAAUGGACACGAGUAGCAGCAAAGGACAUAUCUUCUUGAGAAUGUGUCCGUCUAUCUACAUGUCGAAAAUAAGCAAGUUUAUACGAAGGUGUGUCCAACAUAGGUUUUUUGUUUAUUUCUUCGAUGUUGUUAUCUUCGCGAAUGCUGUAUGUAUUGGCUUGAGUGAAGAUAGAAGUGAAACCGCAUUCAUUACGCUAUUCAAUGUGGAAAUUGUGCUGAAAUUAUACACAAGCGGGCCGAGAAAAUUUGUGUCGAAAUUCUGGAACGUUAUGGAUACGAUUGUCAUUGGGUCCGCAAGUUUACUGUACAUUCUAGAAGCUCUCUUUCAAGUUUUACGAUAUAGUCAAGUAAUUUUGGAUUUUCUUCUCAUACUUCGUGUACUACGUCUCUUUAAAAUCAUCGGUAACAUUGAAAGGUUUCAAGUGAUUAUUAAUACCAUUUUACAGAUUGGACCAGCUAUUGUAACAUACGGCGGAAUAAUGUUUGUAUUAUAUUACAUUUACGCCAUUUUUGGUAUGGAACUGUUCCAAGGACAUAUUAAGGAUUAUGCGACAUCAAAUUUGAGCAAUCUCACAGAACUGCAGCUUUUAUGCGGGAAUAAACUUCUAAAUGGUUCAGAAUACGUUCGGUUGUACUACUGUGAGAAGAAUUUCAACAACAUCGUCAAAUCGUAUAUGAUUUUGUUCGAUUUAACAGUCGUCAAUCAAUGGCAUGUACUGACGGAUGGUUAUGUUCGUGUAACAAGCAAAGCUGCUCGUUUGUACUUCUUCUCGUUUCACAUGGUGUGCGUUAUUGUUGUGCUCAACAUAUUUGUAGCUUUCAUCUUGGAAGCAUUCAUGUUGCAGUUUUCAUUGUCAAAAGGUAAAUUCGAAGCAGCUUUUGAAAGAAAAAUAGAAGAAAAAGGGCGAGCUUCUUCAAACACUGGAAAUGAUCUAUCGGCGCUUCCCGGUCCAAGUGGGAGCCUACAACGCUUAGAUGUCAACUUUGCUAUCGAUGAGUACAUGUCAGACACAGGGGUUACAUUUAAGUUGCGUAAAAAUCGCACGAAAAAUGCCGAGUUGUUACUACAGCAGAUGUUUGAGGAUGAACUCGAUGAAAAGGAGCUUGGGGCUGAAUUUGAUGACAAUGAAGAAGAACUUGAAGAAUUGGUAGAAAAUGAAGAAAGAAUUGCAUCGCCUAGGAAAUUAACUUUACAAACAGUGGAUUUAGUAUGAAAAUAUUGUUUUCUUUAUUUUCUUGUGUUCAUAUAUUUUUAGUAUUACCCUUUUUUUACUUUUUACGGUGUAUUUUCUACUCCUUGUUCUUCUUAAUGUUUUUAUUAGUAUGAAUACUGUAAGAAGAAAAAAGUAACUUUUUCAUGACAAACACCACUUUUUUUUUCUUCCUUUUUUGAACUAUUCUGGAACAUAAGUUUUUCUGUGAUAAUAAAGCAGGAACAGAAAAGAGCUAUACGCCUACAAAUAGGUAUGUUUUUGAAGUCUAUUUUACAUUUGAAUUGACACAUGAUCUAUUUAUAAUACUUAUUGAACUGCUUGGCUCGACACGAAUUUGAGAAGACGGUUAUUUCGAAGUAUCGUCCCCAAAGCUCUUUGAGAUAAAGUAAACUUUGAAAGUAUCCGUGGAGGAAAGAAAUCUCAGGCGUCUACUUUUUUUUGUUACUUUAUCCAAAACAUUUUAUCUUCGUUGUGCGGGUUUAAUCUGUGACAGAUAAAACACGUGCAUACUACAAAAAAAACCUUUUUCGUUCCUCCAAAAUGCGUCUCAAAGAACCUUAGGGACAGAAAUGGGUUAUGCAAACAGUUACAAGACGAAUAGUUGAUUUUAUCUGACAUGUGAUUAUAAAACGGUAUUGAGGAGUGUACAAAUUUUUAUUGGGUGCUUAUAUCUUACAUGUAAAUAUAUAGAUUAUGGAUAAUUAUAAAUAAUUAUAACCUAGGAAAUUUUUUUCGCGAAAAUUCAAUUUUAGAAAUUGUACAUUCCGCGGACAUUUAAUUUGGCGGAUGCAGGAUUUAAACUGCAUCCGCUAAAUUAAAAAUUCUGCAUGAAACAGCCAAUUUUUCAUUUGAAUCGAAAUGCUGUUGUGGAUCGGACUUCAUCAAAUUUCGUGCAAAAUUGUUUUAAUUCGUUACUUUUUACGAAAAUUUUUUCUUUAAGGUAGUUUUGUUCGUCAGUUGAAAGUUAAAGACUAUGUUACACUUGUCCGAAAUAUUCUUUCAAAACUAUUUUUGAUUAAGUGUACAAGUGUAAAGUGGCCUUCCUAAUCUGCUUCAAUAACAGGUUAACUUUUUUGUUGGUUUUUCACAUUUUUUUAUAAUUAUUUUUUAUGGUUAUCGGUUAUAUUAUAUCAUUUUUAAUAAAAAUGUAUUAAAAAGGAAAGAAAAAUCAAACUAAUAUACGCGAUUAUGAAUUUAAACUGGAGACUUUUUAUUGUUAAAUUCUAAGGGUUUAUGUAAUGGUUAAGUAGAUAUGUGCCAUUUUUGACCC